GCUUCAAAUUUCCCUCUAUAUACUCUCCCACGCCCCUGCAAUUUAUCCACCUCUACCAUUCUGCAAAAACCCUAAUCUAAUGGCAGUAUUGAAUCCAAUCCCCUAAUGUAAUCACAAUUUUCGUCAUCCUUUCAAUUUGAAAAUAAAGAAAUUAAACUAAAGAACAAAUGUCAAAGAUUGCAAUGAAGAGAGAGCUCUUAGAUAAAUGGAGAGCCAUCGAAGAAGAAGAGGAACAAAACGACGACGACAACCCCAUUAAACUACGUCGUCUUCACCAGCGCAAAGAACAAUGGUUUUUAGAAACGUUUAAUUAUUUGAUUAGUUUACCUAAAGAUCAUAGUAAUCAUAUAUGGUGUGGCUACUCGGAAUUAAUGGGGCCGUUAUUGGAGACAUUUUACAAUUAUUUUAAAGAUGAUCGGCCGGAUUCGCCUCUGCGGCUUUUGUGGAAGAGAAUGUCUGAUGAAAUGAGGGAGUGUGUCCAAUGUAUAUCUCAGCAUCAUCAGGCUCAACAAUUUUAUGACCUGAAUUAUGAUUCUUCUUCAAUUGGUCCGCUUCUCGAGGUGCUUCGAGUACUUGAUGAGGAGAGGUUGACUCUUCACUUGCAAGAGAUUAAUGCUAGACUGAAGAAGCAUGAGUAUGAUCCUCUUUGCGAUAAUGCUCAAGUUGUUAGUCUCAUGUAUGAGGUUUUGAUGUUUCCUGUCUUGCUGGAUGACCAGUCCUUAUUUACUGAAUUUGAAUUGUUUAUUGAAGCGGUAGAUGAUAUGCACGAGCUGGCUUUGGCUGGGCAUCAACAGUUUCCGGGUGUUUAUGCAUUGCUCUUUUGCAAUAGAAGAGUAAGGACUGUUGGUCGUCGUUUGGCUCGAUCUAUGGAAAAAUUGAGGAGAGCAACAGAUAUGGAACCUUUGCAGCCUUUGCUAAACAAAUUUAUUGGGUUUUUGGAGACAGAAGCACUACCAUCAGCUUCUAAAAAUUCAAGGCCAAGAGCGCAGCUGGAGCGUCUAUCUAUAUGGCUUGGAAUCACCUCUUUGCUUGAGUUCCUAGAACCUCCUGCUUUUGAAGAAGGGAUACUGGAGAACUAUCCCAUUUUUUUUGAUAUUGUGCUCAACCAUGUCGGUGGUGAUUCAGCUGAAUUUUCUCAUGCAGUCAGCUGUUUGAAAGAGCUCUUCAAAAUGCUUGGUUGUAAGCUUUGGCUGAGGUCUACAUUAUCUCCAAGUGUGAUGAGGAACACAUUAUUGGGCCAGUGUUUCCACACUCGAAAUGAGAAAAUACAUAAAGAUAUUUUCGAUCUAUUUCCACCUUUCCUUCAGUCACUUGAGGCUCUGCAAGAUGGGGAGCAUGAAAAGCAACGCAGACAUUUUCUCUAUUUUCUUCUCCAUCAAGUUCCCGCGAGCAACAACUUCAAUGUUCUUACCAGAAAAUUGGCAUGCAAGAUAGCCCUUCUUAUCAUACAUCGAGGCUACAAAAUGAACCCGCCAUGUCCCCCGGUUGAAUGUGCUCAUAUGUGGGGCCCUUCACUUGUGUCAUGUUUGAAGGAUUCUUCACUUCAUAAUUCUCUUAGGCAACCUGCUUUUGAUCUUGUACAAACUAUUAUUGUGUCUGAUGCUGCUGCCUUAAUCACUGCAUUGUUUAAUAACCGUAUACCUAUGGGUAUUGAUAGAAGCUCUUCAUUUGACUUGAAUGAUUGCGAUGAUGAUGGCAAUUAUGGGUUUCAUUUUUCCUCGGAUGUUGAAGAAAAUGAUGAUAGCUGCUGGAGGGAAUUCAGUGUGCAGAAUAAGAUUACGUCUCAGGAGUACAUAGGGUGGAUGUGUAUUCCCAUGUUAUGGAUUGAUGUUCUAGUUGACAUUGAUCCUUCAAUCCUUCCAGAAUCAUUUUUAAAAGCGGUUUUCUGGUCCAGAUUUCGUUUCACCAUGGUAGAACCUGAAAGUAAUGCAGAAAUGACACUUGCUGUUAGAUCCUGGCUUUCAUCUUUAGCAACAGAGGUCUCCACUUCAUUUGGGUGGAAAGUCCCAACUGGUUUUGAUGAUGGUGGAGGUGGGAAGGAAUCAAAAAACUCGGUCAGAGUGUCAAUUAUGCAUCUUCAGUUAAUCAGAAUAUUUAAAAGGUUAACUGGACAUUUUGUAGUUCAAAUGGGGCAAGGGAAACUUCGGAAGCAGUGGACAUGGGAACCAAGGAUGGCAGAGAGUUUGAUCCUUUCACUCUUCGAUUCUAAUGAUAGCGUAAGACAAGUAGGUAAAUGCCUUUUGGAGCAAGUUUCUAAUACAAAGGGUCUUGCAUGUGGCUUAAAGUUCCUUUGCUCAAGUGGCUCUUCUAUGUCAGCCACAUUUUUAGGCUUGAAACAUGCUCUGAAAGUGGUUCAAUUGGAUUCUGUUAUAUCAGAAUUUCAGAUUUUACAACAAUUUUUUUUUAUCCUGCGAAAAUUGAUUAAAGAAGAGGAUUUACCUGAUCCAGAUUUAUCUGAAAAUUUGAAUAUAAAAAAGUACUCUUCUGGAGGUGGAUUUCUGACACCGCCAGUGUUUAGUUCUUUGCCCAUGCACAUUGAUGGGCCUUCGUCAAAUAUUGACUUAAAAUUGCAGGAGAAUUUCCGUUGCUUACUGUCAGAAGCUAGCUGGGCUUCCAUUAGGAAGUGCCUGGUAGAAGGGAAAAGAUUCAUUGAUUACAGUCUUUGUCAGAUGACUUGUGUCCGUGUACUCGAAAUCCUCCCUGAUGUCUUUGCAAGACUUUGUCAAUCUCAUAAAACAACAUCCAGGGUUUCUAGAAAGAUUGUGGAAAAUGCAUUGGACUUUGUAUGGCUACAUGAUCUGAUAUAUUGGGGGAGGUCCUCGCUUAAGGUUGUAGUUGUCUAUUGGAAACGAACAGUAACUUCUCUGCUGACUCUGCUUAAGGAGUCUUGCAGUGACAUAUCUGCAAUGACUUUGAGGGCUAUUGAGAAUCUGAUUUCAUGUGAUACUGUUAAUGUUGAUCAACUUAUGGAACAAGUUUCACGACUUCAUGUUUCAUUAUCUAAGGAAGUUUCUUCUGAUGGUCGGAUGCCCAUUUUAGAACCCAAAGCUCUACUUUCUGAAGAUUUGCCUUCUAUGAAAAGAUAUUCAGAUUCUGAUGCGCUGGCUGUCAAUGUAGAGGACACCAAUAUUCAAACCGCGGACUCAGUAUCAGUAGCUAAUAGGAAUGAGACAAGCACAGUGAUAGUUCUUUCAGACGAUGAAGUAGACAGACAAAUUUUACAUCCUACGGCCAUUAAACCAAGUGCUGAUUCAGGUCAUGUUCAGUUAGUUAGUCAGAUAGUUGCUCCAACCCCUGACCAAAGCACUCUGGUAAUUGACACAACAAAAGAGGAGUUUUAUAACUUUAAGUCUUCAAGGGAUCUAUUGACCGAACAAAAGGAUGUUUCAGAUAUAACUGACUUCACUGCCCAGGGGCAGGAUUCUUGUAAAUUAAAAGGCGAACCACCUGUUUCUUUCAAAUUGAAAGGGCAAGAUAAUAAGAGAGAUGGAAUUAAGCCCAAAAUUAAAUUAAAGGAUGCCUUCUCAUCUGACUGUAAAGUCAGUUCUAAGAAUUCUUUUGAUGUGUCUGUCAGUGUUAGAACUGCGGAUAAAACAUGUCAUAAUCUGGUUUCUGAGAGUAGAGAUUCAAUUUUGAAAGAGAUUGUAUGCGAUGCUAAUGAUGAUCUAUCUAUGAGACAAAAACCCUCACUUUUAGAAAAGUUAAGUGUUUCUGGUCCAAAAAGGCAAGUUAUCCAACUUCAAGCGCCUGCUGGAAAUAGAUUUGGAAGCUCACAGAGAAUGGAGGCUGGAGUCAAAAGAUUUAAGCCUCCAAGUCUUGAUGAUUGGUAUAGACCUAUUCUGGAAAUAAAUUAUUUUGAAGCAGUGGGGUUAGCUUCAGCAAGUGAGAAUGAUAAUCAGACUGUUGGUAGAUUGAAGGAAGUUCCUGUGUGUUUCCAAUCACCAGAACAGUAUGUUGAUGUUUUUCGGCCAUUGGUUCUGGAGGAGUUUAAAGCACAGUUGAAUGCUUCAUUUAUGGAGAUGUCUUCAUGGGACGACAUGUAUUAUGGCAACCUGUCUGUUCUGUCAGUAGAGAGGGUUGAUAAUUUUCAUCUUGUUCGUUUUGUCCAUGACGAUAGUGAUUCUGCAUCAUCCAAAAUCUUUUCGGAAAAUGACCUUGUCUUGCUGACAAAAGAAGCUCCACAGAGUAAUUUGCAUGAUGUUCAUAUGGUUGGGAAGGUUGAGAGACGCGAGAGAGAUAACAAAAGAAGAGCAAGUAUUCUUUUAAUCAGGUUCUAUUUUCUGAAUGGAUCUUCUCGUUUAAAUCAAGCAAGGAGGCAACUACUUGAACGUAGUAAAUGGCAUGCAAGUCGUAUUAUGAGCAUUACUCCUCAACUUCGAGAAUUUCAGGUGCUAUCAUCAAUAAAGGGUAUUCCAAUUCUUUCAGCUAUUUUAAAACCUAUCAAUGAUUCUCCGGGUUAUAAUGAAUCAAGUCAGCUAGCUUUGGGUAGGCUUUCCCAGCCCUUGCAACAAGCAUUAAAGGCAUCUUUUAAUGACAGCCAAUUGGAAGCUAUCCGUGUUGCUAUUGGACUACGUAAUUCGAAGAAAGAUUUCGAAUUAUCUCUUAUUCAGGGUCCUCCAGGGACUGGAAAGACCCGAACUAUCGUGGCCAUUGUUAGUGGGUUGCUUGCUUCACUACAAGGAACUAAUGAAGCCAAGAAUUCUCUAAAUGGACGUCCAAAACAAUUUAAUGCUUCAUGCACCAUGAAUUCAAGGCCAAAAAUUAGCCAAUCUGUUGUACUUGCAAAGGCAUGGCAGGAUGCUGCAUUGGCUAGACAGUUGAAUGAAGAUGCAGGGAGGAAUGAAAAAUCAUUGGCAGGAUCUAUGAAGCAAAGGGUGCUUAUUUGUGCACAAUCAAAUGCUGCGGUUGAUGAGUUGGUGUCGAGAAUUACUAGUGGAGGUCUGUAUGGCAGUGAUGGGAAAAUGUACAAGCCAUAUAUUGUGAGGGUUGGUAAUGCGAAGACAAUUCAUCAGAAUUCGAUUCCCUACUUUAUCGAUACACUUGUUGAUCAUCGCCUUUCAGAAGAGUUGAUGAAUUUGAGUCAUGCUAAGAAUGAUUCUAGUACAGUUGCAGCAUUACGUUCUAAUCUGGAAAAGUUAGUGGACCGCAUCAGAUACUAUGAGGCCACAAGAGCCAACUUGCAGGAUGGAGAUUUGGGCCUGAAACAUUCUUUAGAUGAUGAAACCCUGAAAGGGGAUGAUGUAAAAGGCAUGUCAGACGCUGAAUUACAUGUGAAGCUGCAAAAAUUGUAUGAACAGAAGAAACAGAUUUUCAAAGAUCUUAGUACAGCUCAGGCACAUGAGAAGAAAACUAAUGCAGAAAUUAAGAAUCUGAAACAUAAGCUUCGGAAGUCGAUAUUAAAGGAAGCUGAAAUAGUGGUGACUACAUUAAGUGGGUGUGGUGGUGAUCUCUAUGGAGUUUGUUCCGAAACUAUGUCAAGUUAUAAGUUUGGGAAUCCAUCUGAGCAUUCCCUUUUUGAUGCAGUUAUAAUCGACGAAGCAGCUCAAGCUCUUGAACCUGCUACUUUGAUUCCUCUUCAGCUCUUAAAGUCAUAUGGGACCAAAUGUAUCAUGGUUGGCGAUCCAAAACAGCUUCCUGCAACAGUCCUUUCUAAUAUCGCAAGCAAAUUUCUUUACGAAUGCAGUAUGUUUGAGCGUUUGCAAAAGGCAGGUCAUCCCGUAACCAUGCUUACCAAACAGUAUAGGAUGCACCCAGAGAUUUGCCGGUUUCCCUCCUUGCAUUUUUAUGAUGGUAAGCUGCUCAAUGGAGAGAAUAUGUCUACCAAGUUAGCAUCAUUUCAUGAGACUGAGGGCCUUGGCCCUUAUGCGUUCUAUGAUGUAAUCGAUGGCCAGGAACUUCGGGGUAAGAAUUCUGCUGCGAGUUCUCUUUAUAAUGAGCGGGAGGCUGAUGCUGCAGUUGAAUUACUAAGAUUCUUCAAGAAGAGUUAUCCAUUGGACUUUGAAGGUCACAGAAUCGGUAUCAUAACACCAUACAAGAGUCAACUUUCACAUUUGCGUUCUCGCUUUUCUAGUGUGUUUGGAUCUUCCGUUGUAGCUGAUAUGGAGUUUAAUACUGUUGAUGGUUUUCAAGGUCGGGAAGUUGACAUAUUGAUACUCUCUACUGUUAGAGCAGCCAAGUCAGGUUCUCAUGUAAAUGGAGUGAACUCCAGUGGUAUUGGAUUUGUUGCUGAUGUAAGGCGGAUGAAUGUUGCUCUGACAAGAGCCAAGCUCUCGCUUUGGAUAUUUGGUAACAUGAGGACCUUGCAGUCAAACUUUAACUGGUCUGCUCUAAUAAAAGAUGCCAAAGAGAGAAACUUAGUGAUCCCAGUUAAACGGCCGUACAAUUCCUUUAGAACAGUUUUGAUGGACGUUUGUCCUCUCGAAAAUUCCAAUAAGCAUUCAAGGCAUGCAAAACAUACUGAAAAUGUUAGAGAAACUGGCAAGUCUAGCAAACAAAUGAAGCACAAGAUGCAAGAAGUGGUUGAACGGAAUCCAAAACAUGUAGACGAUAACAAUAACAUUUCAGCCAAAAAGAAUAUUGUCCAUAAUAGGAAAACAAGAGAUAGAGAUGAUCAUGAUAUUCCAUCUGGUGAUACAAAUGGUGAGAACAGAAUGUCAAAGAAUUCCAAGUCUUCCAAUUCAAGAGAUUGUUUUAGGGACAGUGAAAAUAAGUGCAGUGACAAAAGUGAGAAAAAACUAAAUUCUGAGGAUCCUCAUAGGAGUAGGAAAAAGCAUAGGAAUUUCGAAGCGUCAACUUCUGCAGCUGAAGAUAGUGUUAAAGGGAUGGGAGUCGAUGGCGGGGCUUCUGAUUUAAAAGGUGCUUCUGAAGAUUUGGUCUCAAAAAGGAAACAACAACGUCAGGCGGUAGAUGCUAUACUUUGUUCUUCUCUCAUUUCUUCCAAUAAGUCAGAACGAUCAAAGAAAAUAGUACCUACCAAAAGGCCGUUAAAUCCUUCUUCAAUUGUAAGGAGUGGUAUCCGACCAGCCAAGACGAGAAAAGGUCCAUCCGAACCCCCAUCAGAAUCAUCUGCACAGCCAAAGAGCAGAAAAUCUUAUUUGGGGUAAGGAAAGAUCAAGGGCUGCUUCUUCACUGCAACUAUGCGCUGUUUUUGAAUAAUCAGAAUGCCGAGGGUAUUGAAAUAUCAAGGGGAUGGGUUAUUCCGACAUCUGAAAGAAAGCAUCAUUUCAAGCUGCAAACUUGGUAAUGGUUAUAUGGUUUGGAGCACUUUUUCAGUUUUUUGAAAUGAAAUAUUGAUGCAAUAGAAGUAGCUAGUCUACAUUCGCACGGGCGAGAAUGUAUGUAUGUAUAUAUGUUGGUGGAAUGGAAUCUCUAUUAUAGCCAUAGGAAUUUUUCUUCUUACCAAGAAGUUGACAAAAACCAAAAAGGCCAAUCUGAAAUUAAGAGUUUAGGCUUGGAGGACAAAGGUGUGGUAAAUGGAAGUAUUGCAAGGCUGGGUACAUCCUGUCCUAAAGUAGAGGGUAUAAUAUAAAAAUAAGAAUCAAAUCUUGCAAUCAUAAGUAGGGUCUCCAAAACAGAAGCAAACCAAAUAACUGAAUUAAACCAAUAAAUUUGGUUUGGUUUGAUUUGAUUCAAAUGAAAUGCACUCUUCUUAAUCAUAAGUCUGACUAAAUCCCCAGGCUCUAUUAUGAAAUGAUGUAUGAUUUAGUGGUUGAGUAUUGAAAAUAUGAUGAUACACAGAAUCUUCUGAUUAAUCAAUGACUCGAGGCUGCGAUGGGCGGCAGGAUUUAAGUAGAAGUUGCUUCCUUUACUUGGCGUUUGUUGUUGUUUGAUAGUGCAGCCUCUGUCGCCUUCUAACUUAAAUAUAUGAGAAAUUUUUGAUUUUUGUGUA